CCUCCUCCUCUUUCUGGUCUCUCAAGCCUUUUGAAAAUGCUGGGGAAGAAGAUGGGGUCCGUGAAGAAACUAGUGAAGAAGGUAAAGGUUAUAGGAGGAGGCGAUCGGGAGCCGUCGCACCAUGAGUGUUUGCUGAGGGACUACGAAGAAGGAUCUCCCUCAGGCACCACCCCGACUGGGUCUUUUGCGGUCUACGUGGGCGAAGAGAGGCAGAGAUUCGUGGUGCCCACCAGCUUCCUUUCCCACCCUCUCUUCAAAAUGCUGCUGGAGAAGGCCUACAACGAGUUCGGAUUCGAUCAGAGGAAUGGGCUGGUGGUCCCCUGCAGUGUGUCAACUUUCCAAGAGGUCGUGAAUGCUGUGGAAUGCUGCAAUGGCAAGUUUGAUUUUGGGAAUCUGGUCGAGGAGUUUGUUUAGACCACCAUUUAGGAAUUAGCUCUUUUCUCUGGUAUGCAGAUUUGUCCUGCAAGUCGGCAACAUGUAUUAUACACAUACCUUAUACUCAGCUCACCAAAAUGGUUCUUAGGCUGAUUUUGAUCCUCAAUUUUCUAGGUAGGUUGAAUUGAUAGACAACUUCAAUUUUGGGUUCAAUUCGCCUUCUUUUUUCAUUGACACUGGCACAGUAAAUGAGAAUUUUUCUCUCC